AUGCAACAACUUCAUGACGAGUUUGCCUCCGUGGCGGUCACAGCAGCCGACAAGUUCGAUCCGGCACGUGCGGUCCAACAGUUGCGCCGCAUCUGUCACGAGCUCGGUAACCUAGGCGAUAACGUUGUGGAGGCAAGACAGUCAAAUGCUCUUCUACAAGCCGUCCCUGACAAGCAGUAUGGUUCACUCAAGACUGCGCUGCUAUGCGAGAAGCCAAAUCUCGGUGGUAGUGAGGGUCUUGGGUUCGAUGCUAUCGUGCAGCGUGCCACCGUUUUUCACGCCAUGCAAAUCCGCGGGAAAGUAUCUGACCAUGAUGACGGUUCAGGCAGCCACGGUCGUGCGUUGAACACUGUCACGCACGGAGGCGCACGUGGUUUCCGCAAACGCGGCGGACGCGGCGGACGCGGCGGUCUCCGAGGAAAUGGCGGCAAAACUGCGAACGGUUCGACCAGCUCGGACGGGAACAACAGCAACAACAGCGGCGGAACCUCCGGAGAAGCCCGCGCGGGAAAUGCGCAAGGCGCACGCGGGAAUGAUCGCGGCAGCCAGGCCUCUGGGGGGAAAGGUGCGGGAAUGCACAGGGGACGUUGCCGAUACUGUCAUAACUCCACCGAGCAUGGGUGGUACGACUGCCCGCUUCGCCUGAGGAACGAGGCGGAGGAUGCCAAAGAACAGGCGCACACCGCACAGGACUCCACCACGCAGGCAUGGUUCACGCGGGUGGAGGUGGCCGGCGAUGAGCUUGAAGAAUUCGCCAUCGCUUUCGGUAAUGACGCCCAGGAGUUGAAGGCGCUUGCUGCGGCACUGCCAGAGGAGCGCGCUGUUGAGGAGGACCCGGUUCAGGAUACGCCCGUGGCACUCCCGGAUCGUCUCUUCAUCUACGACCCGCAGGCACUGCAGGUGCCAGCUGCGGCGCUACCAGAGGAUCGCGCCGCUGGAGUCGAGCAGGUGUAUAAUGCGCCUGUGACGGCGCUACCGGAUGGCCUCGUCGUCUGCGACCCGCAGGCACUGCAGGUGCCUGCUGCGGCGCUGCCCGAAGAGCGCGCUGCUGAUGAGGACCCGGUUCAGGAUACCCCCGUGGCACUGCCGGAUGAUUCCUUCAUUUGUGACCCGCACGCACUGCAGGUGCCUACUGCGGUACCACCAGCGGAGGGUGUGGCUGGACAUGGACCAGCGGAGCGCCCGGCUGGAUCUGCGGAGCUGCCAGCGGAGGAUGCGGCUGGAGAUGGACCAGCGGAGCGCCCGGCUGGAGAUCAGCAGGCCGAGGAUGCGAAUGAGACUACCGAGUUGGUAACGUACACCAGCGGGUUUCAGGUGGAAAAGGGGGAGUCCAAGGCUGUUGGCGAUACGACACUCUACAUAGAUUCAGGGGCGUCGAGCCACAUGGUGAACGCUCAAUCUCGCAUGUUCAAACACGUUCUGAAUCCAGUGGACUGCGCCGUUCGUAUCAUCGGGUCGUGUGGCACGUCUAGCGCCACCAAGAAAGGUACCCUGAAGUUCGGGAUUCGCAAUGCUCACGAAGAAGUGGUAAAAGUGGGGUUGAACGUUCUGCUGGUUCGAGACCUAGGAACGAACAUCUUGUCGGUUGGAGCGUUGGCUGAAAAGGGGUUGAAAUGUGAUCUCAUAUCUACCCUUCCGGCGCUCCGCCGCGGCGACCGGACUUUUCCCAUUUCAACCGCUGUGCCUCGAAUGUAUAUGAUGAACGUCAUCGUCGACGACCUCAACCUGCACGAUGUAGACGUGUAUCACACCAAGGUUGACGCUCACCUGUGGCAUCGGAGGAUGGGCCACUGCAAUCCUCGUGCGCUGCAGCAGCUGGCUGACAAGGGUUCCACCGGUAUAAGCUUCCAUCGUAACAUCGAAUCAGGUGACUGCAGUGUAUGUGUAGUUGGGGACAGCAAGAAAAGCAGCCACCCGCUGUCCGAUCGCCCCAGUUCUGAGACUCGGCUUGAGAUUGUAAGCGCCGAUGUGUGGGGGAAGCCCUCUGUUAAAUCGCACGGGGGUUGCCAGAGCGCCGUGAUGUUUACGGACGACGCUUCGCGCAUGAGGUUCGGCUUCCCCAUCAAGACGAAAGGCGAAACGGCGGAGGCCCUCCAAUCACUUAUCCGGGACGUUGCCGAUCCGCUUGGGCAAAGCAUCGGUACGGUGCACUGCGAUGGCGGAGCAGAGUUCAAGGGCAGGUGCUUUGAGAUGUGCAAGUCGGUUGGAAUUACGGUCAACAACAGCCCCCCCUACGUUCCGCAAGGGGAUGCCAUCGCGGAGCGUGGGUUUGGUACAAUCAUCGGCACUACGCGCAAGAUGCUCCUGGGGGCGCCGCACCUUCCCAGCGAGCUGCUGUGGGACCCAGCGGAGUCUUGCAAAAUCACCAGCUCUGCCGAAGUAUCAUUCCGUGACAAAGAAAUGCGUGACGUGGUCAAACCCAAGGUAGGGCACGACCCGUUUCCUGCGCCCAAUGUGUCUGUUUAUCAGCCUGCCGCGGUAGAAUCUAGCGAAAGCGAAGAUGAAGACACAACCCCCACAGGGCCGCCGCCGGUGGCUCCGGGACCUCGUCGAAGCGACAGGACCUCUGUGGCGCCGCAGCGGCUGAACCUGUAUACGACGGAGGAGGAUGCGUACGAGAGAAUCGAGCAUGCCCUGGUGACGGGUAGCGACGUCGGCAGCAUCGGGAGUGGACGUCCCGGUGAAGUGGGUAAUAUGCCUGCCGACCCCGCCAACUACGAUGAAGCGGUGAGUGGACCGGACGCCGAACGCUGGAGGGCAAGCAUGGGCGAUGAAGAGCAAUCGCUCUACGACCAUGACGUUUUCGACUGGGUUUACGUGCCCGAGGGAAAACAACUGAUUCCGUCCAAGUUGCUAUUCAGGUGGACGUUCAAUCAAGACAUCAUUCCGGUCCGCCCGAAGACUCGUGUAGUGGUGCAAGGGUUUCACGAGGCUGAUACGGGGGUGGACAAGGCCGCACCUGUGGCAAGCAUGGAAUCUGUGCACCUGGUAGUGUCUCACGCCGCGUACUACGGUCUAGUUCUCAAGCAAGCUGACAUCAAGACUGCGUUCCUUAACUCCAGAAUGCCCGAGGGUGCGAAGCCCGUCUACGUGAUUCCUACGAAGGGUUUCAGGUGCACGCCGGAGCAAGCCAAACAAGUCUGGCGUUUCAAGGCGUGGCUGUACGGCCUGCGUCUCUCCCCGAAGGGCUGGAAUGGAACCUUUCACCAGUUCCUGCUGGAGCUAGGCUUCGUACCGAGCACUGCCGACCCGUGCCUGUACAUACUGCACGCGGGGGAAGUAAUCCUACUGGUGUAUGUGGACGACAUUCUGCUCACUGGGACCAACGCGGAACUAGUGUCGACCAUUAUCGAACUGAUUAAGGAACGGUUUGAAACGGUGGACAUAGGAGAUGCGAAGUUCAUCCUGGGAAUGGCCAUCCACCGCGACCGCGACGCGGGCACUAUUCUCUUGACGCAGGAGGCAUACACCAAGGCCGUACUUGCCAAGUUCGGCAUGGCCGACUUGCACCCGACGAAGACGCCGGCGGAGGUUGGACCGAUGAGCACAGUGGAGCAAGAGACUCUGACGCCGGAUGAAGCUACAAUGUUCCGGGGAUCGAGGCCGGACAUCCCACACGAUACUGGAAAUCUACAAGCUGGGGUUAUUAUUGAACUCGCAGAAGGCGUGGUAGACUCGACGGCUGCGAAGCAAACGGUGACGGCUGUCUCGUCGGCUGAGGCGGAGUAUGUUGCAAUGUCCAAGGCCUGCAAGAUAAUCCUCUACUGGCGCCACCUACUCAAGACUAUCAACCGGGAGCAGAAGGAAGCAACGAUAUUGUCCAAAGAUAAUACUGGUGCCAUUUGA